AUGAAGCUAUUCGCAUACUCGCUUCAACUAGCUUUGGCUAUCAGUCCAACCUUCCCUACAUUGGCCAUGGAUACUUUCUUGAAGCAAAGGGGGAAGCCAAAGAUAGCUGAACCAAGUCAAUUACAAACAGGAAUGGUGGAAAAAACACGCUUUGAUCACCACACCACCACAGGGCCCAUACCGCCACAACAAGAUGAGAUACCUUAUAAAUCUGAAGUCCCUCCAGCUCCAGAAACAAAACAGAACCUCAAAUCUUUUGUUACGCCAGGAUCACUGGCUGCCAAGCAUGGUGUUCGUACUUGGGACCUGGCCACGAGCAGCGAAAUGUACAACUUUGUUCAGAAAGCCCAAAAGCAUAUCUGGAGGCCACCGCCUCCAACAGAUAACUCAUUCACAGCAGAACUUUCGUCGUGGAUUGACACUGUGGAAGAAGCAGUAGGUAUCUUAGGAAGAGAAGAAAUCUCAUUUGUAGACAGGUUUAGGAAUCUAGGACUUCUUACAGAAAUGUUGAGAGUGGUUCCUUUGCAACCGCACGGUAAAGAGAUAUUAAUGAAAGGAUGGCCCGAUCGCCUAAAGUUGGAGCUAAAGGCUACUCAAGUGUAUCUACAAAUCGACGCAGGGUAUGCUGAGCCCAUCGCAAAAUACCUACUGAGAUACGCUUACAAUAAACAUGAGGAGGAGGUAAUGGGGUGGUCUGAUGUCAAUGAGUGUUUUGGUCGGGCAGCACUGAUUGGUGCAUAUCAGAAACGUGUCAUGGAUGAAGCGCCUGGACAAUCCGCAAAGAAUAUUGAUCAGAUUAUUUCCAGAUACUUGAUGGAAGCAAGCCUUCCGCAAGAGAAAGAGGAAAUAGAAAACUUGAUUGUAGAAAUGCGCCUCAAUUUGAGAGGAGUUUCCUUCGAUACUUGGGAAGGAAAAUACUCAAUAGACAUUUUAUCGCAUCUGUUUAAGCAUGCGUCCGCUGUCAAAACCAGGCUACUUGAACUCGAGAAACAAAAGGAAUUUUUGAAAGAUACCAAUUCACCCUAUGCCAAGGUAAUUCUCAAGGCUUUAUCAACAGAACAAAAUGUGUCGCCACUCUUGAAGCAGAAUAUUGGAAAGAUGAUGAAACUCAAAAGCCAACCAUCGGAUGAAUUUUUGGAGUCCAUGGUAAAACAUAUGCAUUCAUCGAUAGAGUCGGGAGAUCGAAAUUCUGCUAUUCUGAUGUACAAAUUAUUGCAAAUUGAAACCCAUUACAAUCCUGGUGUUGAAGAGAAAAUUUACAAACUCUUGUUCGAUGGGAAUCAUGUACCUGAUUAUUUGGUACAAUUGUGGGCACAUAUACAUCCACAAUUGACUGUGGAAAAGAAGAUAUAUUUUCAAAACAAUCAAAUGAAGUUUGAUCAUUACAAGCACUUUGAAUCUGGCCACUACGUCAUGAUGAUUGGAAAAAAUUCAAAGUAUUUUUUAGAUGCCAAGCGACAUAUCUUGGCACUUGAGAUGUCAAAAGUUGAGUGUGAACCUUUCACAAGAUUGUGUGAAAGUCUUAAUUCCUUGACGGUCAAGCCACAUCAAGAUAUCCAGAAAGAUUCAAUUGAAAGAAUUUGCAAGGAGGUCCAAGACUGCAUUGAAUCCAUUGAAGAUGAUGUGCCCAAAAGAUAUGCAAUGUUAAUUGAAACACUUUUGCGAGUUUUGGAAUAUGAACCCCAAAGCAUUGGUCAUCUCCUAGAAUACAUAGAUCAAAAUGAGUCCUUCAGAAAUGGAUUGUACCAAUGUUUAAACCAUAUAAUCAAGCUUGGGCACCUCAAUGAAAAAGCUGCACCACAAAUGCUUGGGUUUGUGACACAAAUGAUAAAGGCCUACAGCAAAAUAUGGCCUGAAGGGUUUCCUAUUGGUAGAAUGAAUGUGUUUUUUGGACUUGAGGAUGAGAAUCCUGCAGACAAGGCCAAGAGAAUAUCAAAAGCAACAGAUGAUCUGAAGACAGUGAUCACAGCAAGUAGAUUCUUUUGA